AUGAGCAGAUCCGAAAGCCUUCUGGACACGGGAUCCCAAUGUGUUGGUGAACUUGAUGCUAGAGACGUCUUUUCCGAGUUCGGCACGGAGAGCGUUGAUGAUCUUGACGUACUUGUCUUCGCAUGGCUGAAACGAAUUAUUGAAUUAAACGUUUUCUACAGUAGCACAUACCUUCUCUGGCUCUGGCUCGUAACCUGGUGGCUCAUAUGGGUCGGCUGGCUUUGGGAGAUCGUCAUAGGCAGCGAAGACGGUGGCGGCGGAAACAGCGAUCAGAAGAAUCAGCUUCAUGUUUGA